CUCAGCACAGAGCCGAGGCGCACAGCAGCGCGCAACUCACCGAGAGUAGGACUGCAGCUCACCGAGAGGAGGACUGCAGCUCACCGCUCCGGAGAGACAUAACAGCAGCAGCAGUAGUUUGGCCACUGCUGUAGUUUUGGCACCGAGCUGCUCAAUUCGAGCGGAGGUGCUUUUUCCGCAAACAUGGAUCGUUUUCUCCUGGUCAUGGUCGCUGUCGCCUCCAUCGUCUCAGGAAAUCAAGCGCUUCCACUUGAAAGAGAGGCACCCAAUGAAGACAUGGUAAAGAGAUGUUUGGUCCAAGUCCUGUCCAUAGCUCUCUCAAAGACCGUCUCUCAUCCUAUCGACCCGGAUUGUAAAUAUAUUCUCCAAACAGUUCCAGGGGUUCGACAAGAACCAACAAACAGCCACACGGGGGAAGGAGCUGUACCCCAAGACGAGCUGUCCCCAGCAGCACAACCAGAGGCCCCUGAAACCAAACAAGAAAACGUGAAAGACAUCGAGGCAUUCUUAAAGUCUGCGGAGGAAAAAAGAGAGACCCCGGGGAACCAGCCUCGCCAGGAAAUGCGGGAUCUCUUCGACAUGUUGGCUAAAGGACACAAGGAAGGAGAGACAGAUGAGGGGGAGGACGAAGAGGAAAGAGACAAGCGAUGGAAACCAACACACCGCUAUCACCACAAGAGGAGGUACCGCAAGCGUGGGGAGGUAUCCCCCGAAGAAGAGGAAGACUAUGAACGCAGUCAAGAGUCCUGGGAUUUAGGCGAUGGAAUUGAGAAGAGGAAAUGGAAACCCGGGAGGUUUCACCAAAGAAGAGGGAAACGUGAUGAGGAACUUUCUGAGGAUGCGAGAGAAAUUCCCGAUGAGGAUCGCAGCCAAGAGUCCUGGGAUUUAGACAACGUAAGAGAGAAAAGGAAAUGGAGACCUCAUGGUAGGUACUACUUAAGAAAUCGCAAACGUGAUGAGGAUCUUUCUGAGGACGUAAAGGACGAGCAAGAUGAAGACCGCAGUCAAGAGUCCUGGGAUUUAGGCGAUGGAAUUGAGAAGAGGAAAUGGAAACCCGGGAGGUAUCACCAAAGAAGAGGGAAACGUGAUGAGGAACUUUCCGAGGAUGCAAGAGAAAUUCCCGAUGAGGAUAGAAGCCAAGAGUCCUGGGAUUUAGACAACGUAAGGGAGAAAAGGAAAUGGAGACCUGGCAGAUUCCACCAAAGACGGCAAAAACGUGAUGAGGAACUUUCUGAGGACGCAAAAGAGAACGCUGAUGACGAUCGCAGCCAAGAGUCCUGGGAUUUAGACAACAUAAGAGAGAAAAGGAAAUGGAGACCUCAUGGUAGAUACUACUUAAGAAAUCGCAAACGUGAUGAGGAACUUUUUGAGGACGCAAAAGAGAUUCCUGAUGAGGACAGAAGCCAAGAGUCCUGGGAUUUAGGCGAUGGAAUUGAGAAGAGGAAAUGGAGACCUGGCAGAUUCCACCAAAGACGACAAAAACGUGAUGAGGAACUUACAGAGGAUGCGGGAGAAAUUCCCGAUGAAGACCGCAGCCAAGAGUCCUGGGAUUUAGACAAUGUAAUUGAGAAGAGGAAAUGGAAACCCGGGAGGUUUCACCAAAGAAGAGGGAAACGUGAUGAGGAACUUUCUGAGGACUCAAAAGAGAUUCCUGAUGAGGAUAGAAGCCAAGAGUCCUGGGAUUCAGUCAACGGAAUUGAGAAGAGGAAAUGGAAGUCCGGGAGGUUUCACCAAAGAAGAGGGAAACGUGAUGAGGAACUUUCUGAGGACUCAAAAGAGAUUCCUGAUGAGGAUAGAAGCCAAGAGUCCUGGGAUUCAGUCAACGGAAUUGAGAAGAGGAAAUGGAAGUCCGGGAGGUUUCACCAAAGAAGAGGGAAACGUGAUGAGGAACUUUCCGAGGAUGCGAGAGAAAUUCCCGAUGAGGAUAGAAGCCAAGAGUCCUGGGAUUUAGACAAUGGAAUUGAGAAGAGGAAAUGGAAGUCCGGGAGGUUUCACCAAAGAAGACAAAAACGUGAUGAAGAACUUUCUGAGGACUCAAAAGAGAUUCCUGAUGAGGAUAGGAGACAAGAAUCCUGGGAUUCAGUCAACGGAAUUGAGAAAAGGAAAUGGAGACCUGGCAGAUUCCACCAAAGAAGGCAAAAACGUGAUGAGGAACUUUCUGAGGAUGCAAGAGAAAUUCCCGAUGAAGAUCGCAGCCAAGAGUCCUGGGAUUUAGACAACGGAAUUGAGAAGAGGAAAUGGAAAUCCGGGAGGUUUCACCAAAGAAGAGGGAAACGCGAUGAGGAACUUUCCGAGGAUGCAAGAGAAAUUCCCGAUGAGGAUAGAAGCCAAGAGUCCUGGGAUUUAGACAACGGAAUUGAGAAGAGGAAAUGGAAAUCUGGGAGGUUUCACCAAAGAAGAGGGAAACGUGAUGAGGAACUUUCCGAGGAUGCGAGAGAAAUUCCCGAUGAAGAUCGCAGCCAAGAGUCCUGGGAUUUUGAGGACAGAGACAAGAGGAGCUGGAGACCCAUUAGGAUCCACCCAAGACAACAAAAACGUGACGAGGAACUUUCAGAGGACAUAAGGGAUCAACAAGAUGAAGACCGCCGCCAAGAGUCCUGGGAUUUAGACAAUGUAAGAGAGAAAAGGAAAUGGAGACCUCGUGGUAGAUACUACUUAAGAAAUCGCAAACAUGAUGAGGAACUUUCUGAGGACGCAAUGGAAAUUCCCGAUGAAGAACGCAGUCAGGAGUCCUGGGAUUUAGGAAUUGAGAAAAGGAAAUGGAGACCUGGCAGAUUCCACCAAAGACGACACAAACGUGAUGAGGAACUUUCUGAGGACGCAAAAGAGAUUGCUGAUGAAGAUCGAAGCCAAGAGUCUUGGGAUUUUAAUAAAAGACAUGAAACAGAUGAGGAAGCAAGAGAAAAGCGUAUAUGGAAACCAUCGCAUCGAUACCACCAUAAAAGACGACUGCAGAAACGUGGUGGGGACUUAGUUGAAGAGGAGGAUGAACAGAGGAGUGAAUCAGAGAACAACGGAGAGGAGAAGAAGCCUGAGGAAGAGGAUUCAGCUCGUGAGAGAGAUCGGGUUGAAGCUCUGAGGUAUCUGACAGAGAAGACAAACCCUGGGAUUUACAGAGGCUACAACAAUCCAUCCUGGUCGGACAACUCAAGUUCAACCUCACACAACAUGGAGGACAUGGUGAAGGUGCUGAGCAAGAAGAUGAAGCAGGUGGCCGACCAAUCAGUUGAUAAAGACAGAAGUAGCACGCAUCAGGAACCACCAAUGCCCCAGGAGGAAAUGGCGAAUGACAAUUUGCCAGCGUUGACAGAACUGAAGAUGAUGGCUGCCAAGCUGCAUGGAAAUACACAGUGAGCCAGGCCUGGCAGUGACCAUCAGUGAAUCCUAUGGCUACCCUAUUUCUGUGCUUAAGGCGUUAUAUAGGAAUAAAUUAUCAAUAUUAGCCGUGCCAAAAAAGAUUUGAACAGUUUGCCCAUCAUUGUAUUCGUAUAGUCGAUGAUGUAACCAACCUAUUUAGCAUGGGAAUGACUUUGAUAUCUUUGUAGAUUAAACAAUGUUCAUAAUGUUUUGUUGUGUGUGCAAUAAAAUUCAUCUGGGACCAAAUUAA